GUGGACUUGGUAUUAUCCGAAACAGACCAGAACUUCUUAGUGGAAACAGUUCCAGAUCUGAUUCUUCAGGACAAAGUAUCCUAUCUUGUAUCUCUAUGGGAAGCAGCAAAAUUCGACUACAAAAUUGACGAUAGUAUUCUCAGUGAUGGAAAUGAUCAAUCUGAAAAAGUAGCUGCCUUCAACAGCGAAAUCAACCUGAAAGUCCAUGAAGUGGUUGUAGGCUCCAGUUUCCUGAACGUUAUCGAUACUUUGGCUUCUACUAGGAUCGACCAGCUUCUGGAGAUAGAUCUCGAAUUCUUCAACAGAAUAUCUGUAGUUCUUGAUGUUCUCGUCUUUCUUGUUCUAAAUGGCCAUCAAUUUACCAAACAGAUUUUAUACGACAGCUUAUCGCGCAUUCUGCGAUUCUUACUCUCCAUUUCGACUUCACAAGUGGAUAUCUUCUGGUGGUACUUGGAGUCACGAGAACUUCUUUUCCAAGAACGAGUCUUUGACAGAACAGCCACUAGCGAUAGAAUUGCCGUUCUUGACCUAUGCAAUUCGCUUACAGACAAAUUCAUCUUCAAGGACUCUCGGGGAAAAAGCGACACCUACAAAAAGGAUAGUUUCAACGACAAGUUCCAGUACCGAGUGAGAGUAUUCAUCACCAACAUCUUUGCAUUUGAAGACAACACCGGUUUGAACAAGUACUUCCAUAUCGCUAACCGUUCUAUCUAUGAAGUAAAAACUAAAUCGCAGUUUGUGGAAGACUUGAUGGCCAUAGAAAAGUUGUUCAACGACCCAUACUACUACUUGAAAAAGUCCAACAGUAAGGAAUUGUCUCGUCUCAUGGAUAGACUCAUUAAUGUCUAUGAGUACAUCAAGGAAAUGGAACUUGAUUUCCAGAAAAAGCUCCGCAUAGAUCAGUUUCUAGUACCAGAGCCACGUUCUGAAGCUGACAAAGAGUACUUGCUGAAAAAGUACUCUAGAGUAUUGUACUUCCCGGAGGCUUACUUCAAGUCAGCAUUCACUGUAGGAAAUAAGUCGACGCAUGAGCUUCAAGUAGAAGACAGAGAAUUCUUUACUGACCAGUUUGAGACGUCCUCCAUCAGGCUCCAAUACUUAGUGAAGAUCUUUAUCAUUGCCAAUUUGUACUUUGAGCUUAUUCCUCGUAACAAAGAUGACUUCAUCAAGUCAAUAGGUGCCCCCACGAAUGUCAAGCACAUCACCGAUGACUCGGUUCCUGAUGCACAUAAGGGAGUUCUAUACAAAAUCAAGAAAGAUAUGUUUGCUUCUUUCAAAUCAGUAGAUACAGCCUUUUCGUUUCUAAUUCAGCAUAUAACUGUAGGAGAAACGUUCUGGUGGAGUUGGUUGAUUUAUGGCAAAGAUCACACUGGUAAGCCGUUGUUUGCAGACAGACGGGUAGCAAAAGAAGAGUUGCAAGAGGUAAAGGAGAAAUCUGAAAAGUUGUUCCCCUAUAAGAACAAGAAGUACUUCAACACCUAUGUGACUCCCCUGGCUACGAGAAUGAUGAAAGUUCAAAGGGACAUGAAUAAGUUGGCGCACAGGCAGGACACUGAGGAGUCCAUCUCUCACAUUGAUCAAAGUUUUGCUGCAAUAACUUCCAAUAUUGAAGACGAGUUCAAUCCGGUAAAAAAGGAAGAACUCCUUGAAAAGCGAAACUCGCUUAUUUGGAAAAGAUUGAAACUCCAGCGUAGAACUAGAUGGCUUCAGUUUGGAUCAUUAUUGACUAAGGAGAUGUUGGACGAGGGAAAAGAAGAAGAAGUAGUAGAAGAACAGAAUGAAGACGUAGAUGUUAAGGAGGAAAGAGAAGAAGAAGUUAAGGAACAAAAAGAGGAACAAAAAGAGGAACAAAAAGAAGAAAUAGGAGAAGAACCAAAUGAAGAUGUACAAGAUGACGUA